AUGACCACCGAAUCCUCUACUCCUGACCACACCCUCCCUUCCCGUCCGGCGCCGUCGAAAAGCGCUGCCGUAGCCAACAAUGAAGAGUCCAAAUUGACCGCACUUGAAAAAGCCGAGCUGGCCCUCGCAGACAAAUACAGCUCGCCAGAUGUUUAUAUCGACGGCGAAAGAGACACUUGCUGGCAUCCGUGGCUUAACAAUCUUGAGUUGAAACCAUUGCGGUUCGAGAGCCGCACAGGUACAUUUGUCGUCGUCUUACGCAGCUUGGAAGAUACAUGGUUGGGAAAACACCGCCAUCGAGGCUCUGUGACUGCAGUGACCUUGAAGGGGGAAUGGAACUACAAGGAGUAUGAUUGGGUAGCAAAGCCUGGAGACUACGUGGUGGAAAACCCGGGAACAAUCCAUACACUCCACAUGUCCAAAGGAGCGGAGGUGGUUUUCACAAUCACGGGCAGCUUGGAAUAUUUCCAUGAUGAUGACACCUUGAAGAACACCAUGGAUAUCUUCAGUUACGCGCAUUUUGAUUUGGUUUCAUUCAGACACUGGCGACAUCCGUCCCGUAGCGAGGAUGGAUACUUGGGCCUCUGGGAGCCGGGCCAGACCUGGGUGGAGGUCAGGAUCGAAGCUUUGGGGGUAGCGAGCUACGAGUUUGUGGAUGAGACCGAGACAAUAGCAGCAGAGUACGAAAUUAUCAGCGAAGAACCAGUCGUGCUCACUCCGGGCACCCAUAGUGGAAUAUGGAAUGCAACAAAUGCUGUUGCAUAUGGAUGUUUACCAGCAACGGACCAGGCAAGUACAGCAUUGCUACCAUCCAGUGCAACUCACUGGAAUGAGGCUAGAGGGGAUACUAUUGAACAUUCAACGCCAGCGGAGGCUGAGCAAGCGUAUCCGCAACAUGACACCUCCAUUGUACAGUCUCGAACAGAUUCCGAUGGGAUAAACGAUGGAGCGAGCGUUCAACGCAUGGCUAUAAGCAGAUCCAGCAACUCUACCGAUGACACAGGUGUAACAGCAAUCGCAAACAAAGGAGCAGAGGCACUGCUGUCAAUGAGGAGCCAUGCCUUCGACCCUCGAUUGAAUUACGCUUCGAGUAGCAUCUCACCACCCCUAUCGGAGAGCUCACAGAGGUAUUGGCGCCAGGACAGUCCCAUCGCCUCUGUAGCACUCCCACCGACCCCAGACAAGCUAGCACCACCGGCCCCUCUAAGCUCACAGGAAGAGGCAUGGCUACUGCGUCAGUUUAGCACCGAAGUAGGUACCUGGAUGGAUCUCUCAGACCUGUCGGAGACCUUCUCAAAAAAGGUCUGCCGUUUGGCAAUCCAAGACCCAUUGCUCAAAGCAGCAAGUAUCGCAUGCGCGGCGAAGCAACAAUUCUUGAUUGGGAAAUUACCAAAUGUGAUGGAUAUCGCACGAAGAAAUUAUAAUACCGCGAUCUCUCUGCUGAUCGAUAGACUGGGCAACAACGAUGAACCAUUCGUCAGCUAUGGCUUUGCAGCUACAGUCAUUUGUUCGUGCUACGAGAUGUUAGAUGCACCUGCAUCGGACUGGCAAAGACACCUCGACGGGGUAUUUUCUUUCAGCAAAGUGCGCAGAGUGAACGGGUCGUCUGGUGGGAUCCAGCAGGCUGGCUUUUGGUCGAUCGCACGACAGGAGGUGGUCUGCUCGAUUAUACACAGAUCAAAGCUGCGGCUAGACCCGGAUUUAUGGGCAAUUGAUCUAAAUCAUAUAGGUCAGGAAGGUAGUGAGGACCUGGUUAAUAACCAGAUCCUCACAAUUCUUGCAAAAGUGGUUAACUUUAUAGCGUGCUCAGACGCCACUUCCACGAGUGAUGCACUGAACGAAUGGUACAGACUGUGCGACUUGCUCAACCACUGGAACCGUUCGGUGAAGGACAGAAGCUUCAUGGACCCAGUCUCUGUGUACAAGGAGGAUGAUAAGCCUUUCGUAACAAUAUGGUUUGCGAGAGGUGUUUGUGCUUCCUCGUGGCAGAUGUUUCACCUUGCUCAGAUCUUACUUCUUACAUCUCGCCCUACACAAGACGGUAGUUGGAAAAUUACUAUACCACGCAAGACAAAUAUGUGGUAUAGCUCAAAGCAGCCCACACGGAAGUUGUCGUGUAAAUUCGGUUCAGCCGAUUUACUAUGCAACAACGAUGAAAGAGAAGCAGCCAUUAUGCUUCUUGAGGAUAUCGAGAAUGACACCGGCUGGGCAGCCAAGUAUCGCGCCUGGGAUCUACGAAGCCUGUGUACCGACAUCUAG